GCGCGUUACUGGACGCUCGUGACAGUCAGCUGAUCCUGAGCUGUUCAUCUCUUAUAAUCACCUUUCACGUUCAGUCUGAUAUAUUGUGUACUUUUAUUAAACACACAUGUAGCAUAUUCAUAUAGACAGUGUAUAUUAUAUGUUUUUGUUUCUGCGUGUGGUUAUAAUAAUUUGAUUUUAAUUAAUAAAGACUUUUAAAGAUGUCUGGACCGAACGGAGAUCCUGAUGUUUCAGUUGAUGAUGGAAUCGUUGAGGAUGAAGAUGAAGUCAAUGAAGAAGAAUACGCAGCGAUCGACUCCAUGCUGGACCAGAUCAACUCCUGCCUGGACGACAUCGAGGAGAGAAACGAGGCUCUGAACGGAAAGCUGCACGAGCUGCUGGAGUCCAACAGACAGGCUCGGAGAGACUUCGGAGGACAGCCGCAUCCUCCUCAUCCUCCUCCAGAUGAAGAGCCAGAGUCCACUGAAGACUAGAGGAACAAACCCGGCUGCUCAGCGCACCAGUAGUGUAGAAUAUGUGUGGAACUGUCUAAACUGUGCUGUAUUAGAUUAAAGCCUCUAACGGCUUAUUACUUUCAUAUGAUAUGCAAUAUGAAUAUGUGACAGAGUUAUUAUAGUGAACUAUAAAUAUAAAAGCUUUAGGCGUGCAACAAUACAGUUAGUCCACGGUUCAAUACGUACCUCGGGUUUUAACCACGGUUUUCGGUUCUGAUGGCUUGGCACACCACAAGUGUUUUUUUGCAACAAAUGAACAACAAAAAACUUUUCCUGUACACUGGAAAAAGCGUGGAUUAUUAUAUUUCCGCUUAACAUUUCUUUUGAGAGAGGUAUUAUUUUUCAGAUUUUUACCCAAAAUAGGAUGGAUUGGCCGUUAUUGAGCGCUAUAAACAUGUGCGUUUCAUUCAUACUGGACACCAGAGGGCGCUCUCGCCAGGAAAUCCACAUGCAUCACAGAAGUAACAGAACUGAUGAUGUUCCAGGAAAUCCCUAAUAUGCAUAAAGCGAUCGCUGUAACUGAAUACAGAUAUAAUGUUAAACAUUUUGAAUAAUGAUAUACUUUCUCUUUUGUUGGACAACAGGUUUGUUAUUACAAGGGAAGAUGCUCGGAGUGUGUUUCUUUUUCAAAUGUGUGAAAUUUGAAACGUGUGAAACGCAACAAAUUCUGAGAGAAAUAAAACACAGGGAUAUUAUUUAAAUGCAAAAAAAAAAAAACGCAAUUCAUAAGCGUGUAUUGAACCGUGGAUGUUGUACCGAACGGUUCGAUAUUAUAUUGAGAAUUGUGACAUCCCUAAAAAGCAUAAAACAUUUGUUACUUGAAAUAAAUUAUACUUGAAAUAAGAUCAAAUCUAAAAAUCAUUACCUACUUGCCAAGGCAUCAUUUCACAUUUAAAUUGUUUAACUUGAUUUGCUAAAAUAACCAAAAUAUAAAUAACAAACUAUACAGACAUUAAACGAAACGGACAAAAAAAAAAAAAAAAAAUUGAAAAACAAACAAAA